GUUUGUCAGGAACAAUCCUUCCCAGGGUCAGCUUCAUCUCUUUUGUUAUUCUGCAUCUCUUUUAAACUUUGCCUCCCCAGUCCACCGGUCAGUGUCCCGUUCUGUAAACUCCCGGGGAAUUACAGAAUGGACAGUGUGUUCGUUAUAAGGAACAAUCCCCCUAAAGUUGCAGGAGUUUGCGCUUAUUUUCAAUUGCAUUAACGACGCAACACACUCGCGUGGCAAAAGAUAAUAAAUGAUUCGGUCAUGGAGAGAGGGUCUUCGUUUGGAUUACACCGGCGUUCUGUGUUAUUCGCCGUCAUUCUAACUGUAUUUCCAUGUUACUGUCAUGGAAAUUGGAUGUGGCUGGGAUCCACAGCCAGUGGACUCACGGAGAAGAUGGGCUGCCCGGCUUUGCCGCUUUCAAACAAACUGAAAGAUCUGUGCAAAAGGAAACCCAGUCUUUUGCCGGCCAUUAAAGAAGGAGCGCGCAUUGGUAUCCACGAGUGCCAAAGUCAAUUUAAACACGAAAGAUGGAAUUGCUCCAUCACCAGUGAUUACUCCGUGUUUGGCUUUGAGCUAACCAGCGGUACUAAGGAGAACGCCUUCAUCCAGGCGGUGAUGGCGGCGGCGCUGGUGCACGCCGUGACGCGCGCCUGCAGCGCGGGUAACCUGACCGAGUGCUCGUGUGACCGCAGCCUGCAGGCCGGCGGCUCGGCCGACGAGGGCUGGCACUGGGGCGGCUGCUCGGACCACCUGCACUACGGCACGGCCAUCAGCAGGAGGUUUGUGGACACGAGUGCCCAACCGACGGACGGGGAACUGGAGGCGGACAGAGAGGCGCGGGCGAGCAUGACCCUGCACAAUAACGAGGCCGGCCGGCAGGCUGUGUCCAAGUUGAUGUCAGUGAACUGCCGGUGCCACGGUGUGUCUGGCUCCUGUGCGGUGAAAACCUGUUGGAAAACCAUGUCUUCCUUUGACAAAAUCGGCCAAUUCCUCAAAGAGAAAUAUGAACACAGUGUCCAAAUACUGGACAAGUCAAAGAAGAAGGUUCGUCGUAAAGACAAGGAACAGCGGAAAGUGCCAGUGAAGAAGGAUGACCUAGUCCACAUUAAAAAGUCUCCCAAUUAUUGCGUAGAGGAUAAAACGUUAGGCAUCCAUGGGACUCGGGGACGUCAAUGUAACCGAACCUCUCCCGCUGCAGACGGCUGUAACCUGCUGUGCUGCGGAAGGGGAUACAACACACACGUUGUCCGUCACGUGGAGCGAUGUGACUGCAAAUUCAUAUGGUGCUGUUAUGUGCGCUGUCGGAGAUGUGAAACAAUGACUGACGUACACACCUGCAAGUAGCCGUGGUUUGAACAUGGGAAAACACACCAAAGAAGUGUGAGAUUGCUUUAUUGGAUUAAAUGAACAAUGAACUUCAAAUAAAGUUGAACAGGCUGUUAGCAAUAACAUUUUGGAUGGUCAUGAUCUUUGGUUGAGUAGAAUAUAUAUGUAUAAUAUAUUGUGAUUUGUAUCCAUGAGCUAAACCCAGGAAACAUCAACAAGCAGAAGGAUAAGACCAUCACCACUUGAUCUCUCAAAGUGUAUAAAAGCCUCAAAUAUAAAGAGCCAAAAGUAAAACUAUGAGGAACAGCACAAGUACUGGAAUACUACUACUACACAAGAGACUGUAGAUGCUGGAAUCUGAAGCAAAACAAACAGAUGGAGGAACUCGGAGGGUCAGGUAGCAUCUUGAUGUAGGGCCCAAAACAACUAUUCCUUUGCCUGCAUAGAUGCUGCCUAGCCUGCUUUCUUCAACAAUGUGGGUUUUUUUUAACUGAAAUACAAUCAUUAGGUGCAUUUUUAGCAGAGUUUGAAUAAAGUACCAUUUCAACAUUCCAAAAUAAUUGCUUGAAAACGUUGUGAUUUUAUGAAGCUCAAUAGCACAACUUAUAUAAAAUGGCUGCUGUACUUUGUUAAACUAUAGAACAAAUUAAACCUAUGAAAAUGUAGCAUUGUCUGAAGACAAGAUAUUCAAUUUUCUUCUGGAAGAUAAAAUCUAAAUUAUUGAUCACUUACAAUUGAAAACAUGGAGACACUGUAUUUCAGUUGCAUGGCAACAAUGUGUCUAAAAUCGUAUUACUUACAAAGUAACAUAAUUUAACUUACUAUGGUGUGAUCUGAUAUAGCAGUUCAUACCUCUUGAAAAAAUAUAUGUAUAGAGAGUUUUAAUUUUGGACGACAAGCAUUCUAACAGCUAAUAAUAUCUGUAAAUAUUUAACUUAUGCAAAAUGUGUAAAAGGACAGCCAUAAUCUCACUGUAAAAAUUGUAGAUUAUCCCAAUUGCUAUGCUACAUUAUGUAUAAAAAUUCAGGAGAGAAUUGAAAACAUUUAAAAUGUGUAAAUUAUUUUGUCUUUUUGAUAUCUGCGGGUUACUGGUAAAUGACAGUUUUGGAGUUUAAUUUUUGAUACAGCAUAUUUGGCAGGAGAUAUUCCUAAUUGGAAAACAAGAUUUUGAUACAACACAUGCAGUUUUUAAAGUUACCUUUUCAGAAAAUCUAGGCUUGUGUGUAACAGUUUUCCUAAUUUCCCUUAAACCUCUAGUAUGAGUGAGGAUGAUAAGUUGUGAAAAAUAACAGGGCGGUGAAAAAUACCACGUUGAUUAUUUAAAAGAAGGAGUUUUAGUUUAAUGAUGACCUUGGGAUUAUAGGUCUUGCCAGAUUUGUUUGUAAAGAUGAAAAAUAACAAGCAACAUAAUCUGUUAAGAAUUUAAUAGUUUAUCAUCUGCCUUGACAGUGAAUUAAUCCUGUUAUAUAAACAUUAUUGCAGGCUUCCAGUUUGUAUAAUUAACGGAUGAUGUUGUAAAAACAGAGAAGCAUCAAUAGUUGUACAAACAUCCGUGCACGAGAGUACAUACUUCAGAUUACAUGAUAUUUUUAAUUUAUAUUACAUCAUGUCAUCUAAAAAGACAUCCAAACAUUUAUACAGGAGGUUCUUGCCAUCUGCUUGUAUGCACAUCUAACAUUGUCAUAGGCAUGUUUUUUUAAUCAGGCCUCUAAGGUCUUGAGACAAACCAUUUAUCAAAAUAGUGCAAAACAAGAAAACUUCAAACUGUCCACAGAGUAAAAUGUAAUUUGAUGCUAUUAUUUAGGGAAUUCAUUGGAUUUUGUUUUACACACACAUGGGGGGUUCCAAUUGUCUAAUCUAUAUUUAAAAUGUCAUUGCUUAUUAAACAAAUUCGUAAUACUCUUUUAUUCUAAUUGUGGCAAUUAGGAUGUAUAAUCUUUCAAUUUAAUUAGACGUGUUGGCUUCCUGGUGUUAGUAUGUGCAAUUCAGUCCCUUUGAAAUUAGAUUGAUUCCAAAAUCAAUCAUGCCAAAAUGAAAAUAAUUGUCUUUGGAGAUAUACAUAUACAAAUUGAGGAUGUGUAUUUGCAGGGCACCCUGUUCAGAUAAAGGGAAAUAUAAUAGCAAGCAGUAAAAUAUGUGACAGUUAAAUCAAUGUAACAUUGGUCUAAAUAUAUUGGUUUUAAAAUAUUUUGUGGUGAAUGAAACAUAUGUUAUAGAACGUAAUAAAUAUUUUACUGCAUCUUUAUAUGUUGCUUUUGAUGUGUUAAAUAUGGAUCAUUUGGUAGCAUGGUUGCCUUGGCGUCUGAGGUUUGUAGCUUUAAAUUCUACUCCAACAAAUAAAUCUAGGUCAAUAAUCCCAGUGUAGAACUGAGACACUCUCAGAGGUCCUGUCUUCAUGGUGCAAUGUUAAAUCCUGCAUGCCCCCUGCUUAGAUACAAGAGAUCCUAAGCAACAAUUUCACAAAAUGCAAGGAUUUUCUUAAUCUGGCCAAAAUACAUAUGUUAAAAGAUGAUUAUUGCCAUUUGUAGAAGCCUUCAAUGUACAAAUAACUACCAUGUUUUCUACAUCGUAACAGUGACUACAUUUCAAAGUACUUUAGACAUGAAUUGUUGUGGCAUGUCCCAAGGCUAUAAAGUGCUCUAUAAAACAAAAUGUUUUAAGGA